AUGGAAGGUAGCAUCGACAUGAGUGUUCGGAAUAGGAUUGACUCCUCAAACCCAAAUGACAUUGACAUCACCGUUGGCAAUGAGAAAGACAAGCUGGAGAAAGACAAAGACGGUAAAGUUGAUGACGACGACGACGACGAGGAUUUUUACACGCCUGGUCCAGAAGAGCUCUACAACGUUCGUGUGGACAUUGCAAAGUUUGCAGCUUCAAGGGCAAGUUUAAGACUGAAACGACAGUACAAUGAGUGGAAAACCCUGGACAGUGUGGACAAUCUCAUCUCCAGGAGGGGGUAUUUGCAAAAGUUCAAGGACCUAUCAUUACAGGGGACUCAACUUCUCUCAAACAGAUUCACCUCAGCAUUGUCAUACAACCCCAAGUUGGACCUUCUUGCAGCCGCCUCUUGGAAUGGCUCGUGUUAUCUUGUCCACCCGUCCUCUCUACAGACCAUCAAGGAGUAUCCCAACCUACAUCCUGAAAAGGUAUCUGGACUACACUGGUCGCCCAUAGAGCCGAUUCUGGCAACGGCGGGCUCUGACGGUGCAAUCAACCUACUUUCUAACCCAACACAUGAUGCUGAUAAUGGGGAUAACCACUCAAAAAUUACAACUCUACAUGGCCACCAAGAGAGAAUUAACAAUGUCCAAUUUCACCCCUCGGGGACCGUAUUGGCAUCUGCCUCUUCUGAUCUGACUUGGAGACUAUGGGAUGUCUCGAGGGGGACAGAAUUGUACUUUCAAGAAGGUCACUCCGAUUCGGUCAACACCGUAUCUCAUCACCCAGAUGGAUCUUUGCUCGCAUCCGCUGGUAACGACUCUAUCAUCAAAUUAUGGGAUUUGCGUUCCGGUAAUUUGGUCCUGGAUUUGAUGAAAAACGGCCAUGUGGGAUCGAUCCAUUCGUUGGCUUGGAGAAACAAUGGUUAUCAUCUGGCAUCUGGUGGUGCCGAUUCCCAACUCUUGGUCUGGGAUAUUAGAAUGAUGAAAAAACUCUCCUCUGUUCUAGCCCAUAAGAAGUUAAUCUCUUGUUUGAAAUUUUCCGAGAACGGCAACGUGCUGCUAUCUUCAGGUUACGAUGGUUCACUAACAAUGACCUCUUCGGAUAAUUGGCUCAUCUUUAAGAAAUUCCAAACCUUGGAUAAAAUUAUGGCACUGGAAACUAAGGAACUACGUGACACUAGUGACACGAUCACAAUCUACACUGGAGGCUGGGAUAGAAGUAUUAAGCUUUACAAUUCAAAUCUAUAA